AUGCGCAAAGACUUCCGUGGCUCCAUGGGCCUCUCGCUGCUUGGAGAUGAUACUUCUCAUACCCGCCCCGGUGCCCUCCUCACCCCUGCUCCGUCUGUUCUCCGCAGGUUUGACAUCUACAGGAAGGUGCCCAAGGACCUGACGCAGCCAACGUACACUGGGGCCAUUAUCUCUAUCUGCUGUUGCCUCUUCAUCCUCUUCCUCUUCCUCUCGGAGCUCACUGGAUUCAUAACGACAGAAAUUGUAAAUGAGCUCUACGUUGAUGACCCGGACAAGGACAGUGGGGGCAAGAUCGACGUUAGCCUGAAUAUCAGUUUACCCAACCUGCACUGCGAGUUGGUCGGGCUGGACAUUCAGGAUGAGAUGGGCAGGCACGAGGUGGGCCACAUCGACAACUCCAUGAAGAUCCCUCUCCACGACGGGGCCGGCUGCCGCUUCGAGGGGCAGUUCAGCAUCAACAAGGUCCCUGGCAACUUCCACGUGUCCACACACAGCGCCACAGCCCAGCCACAGAACCCAGACAUGACGCACAUUAUCCAUAAGCUCUCCUUUGGGGACACGCUUCAGGUACAGAAUGUCCACGGAGCUUUCAACGCCCUCGGGGGAGCAGACAGACUCACCUCAAACCCCCUGGCCUCCCACGACUACAUCCUGAAGAUCGUGCCCACGGUGUAUGAGGACAAGAGUGGCAAGCAGCGGUACUCCUACCAGUACACGGUGGCCAACAAGGAGUACGUCGCCUACAGCCACACAGGCCGCAUCAUCCCUGCCAUCUGGUUCCGCUAUGACCUCAGCCCCAUCACGGUCAAGUACACAGAGAGACGGCAGCCGCUGUACAGGUUCAUCACCACGAUUUGUGCCAUCAUUGGCGGGACCUUCACUGUCGCCGGCAUUCUGGACUCGUGCAUCUUCACGGCCUCGGAGGCCUGGAAGAAGGUCCAGCUGGGCAAGAUGCACUGAUGUGGCGCCCAGCCCGAGGGCCAGGGACCGGGGGACGCCACCAGCUCUGCCUCCAGCACUCAUCUCCUCUGCCCACAGUCUGGCUUCAUCCCAAAGUGUGUGGGAGGUGGGGGAAGGUAGAGAGUGGCACAAUUUCUUGCAGCCACCUCUUCUCCCCAUGUUCAAUUUCAGACAAAUUCCACUGCCUGAGGUUGUGGUUCCUCUCUCCCUGGAAAGCUCCAAACCAGAGUCAGGCAAGGGAAGGGCUCCAGGAGUGUUGGGGGC